AAAGGUUAGACUUUUUGACAGUCUUAUCUCCAAAGUGAACUCAAAGUUCUUAUCUACACUAAUAUGUGAACAGAAAUGGCGUCUACAUUGACCAUUUGUAACAUAUUAGCAUUCCUUGCAAUAGCCUGUUUGGCGACACCAGUAUUUUGCCAGUUGUGUCAAGAUCUCGACACGAAUGGAUGUAAGCUUCUGAUUGCUUCAAAGCCUGAUUUCUGUACAACAUCCCCAUUAGCAAACACAGCAUGUCAGCGUACAUGUGGAAACUGUCCCUUGACUUGUUACCACUGUCCUCUGAAACCAGUCAAUGACUCCAUAACCUGCACAACAACAAAACACUGCGCUUCGUCUGAGAUGUGCAUGAUCAACACCUUGUAUGCGCAUGAUGGACAUAUUGAGCAUAUCCUGUCGUGUAUUGAUCGAAGUGUCUGUGACGGCGCUGGUUUCGGCUUCAACAGUAACUUAGUUGGAAAAAGGCACCAGAGACGUAACCUUAACCUACAUUGCUGCCAUACAGAUCUUUGUAAUGUCCCAGAUUUCACAACCACAACACAAAGAGCACAAGUUUCAAGCGUCACACCUCCAGGGUUUUACAGUUGUCACAGUGAUAUUGUCUUUGUGGUAGACGAAUCCGGAAGUGUUGGGUUCGCUGGGUUUAAGAAAGUGAUAUCCUUCAUAACAGAUAUCGUGGGUCAUCUUGACGUAGGAACUCACGGAGAUCAGUUGUCUCUACUGUUAUUCGACAACGACCCACAUUUGCAAUGGUAUUUGAAUGACUACACAACCAAAGCGGAUCUUCUCAACGCCCUCACCUACGUUCCUUACCAUAACGGUACAACUAACACUGGCAGUGCCCUUAAAUAUGUCAGGGAAAAUGUAUUUCAGUUCAAAAACGGAGACAGACCAACUGCUAAAAAUGUCGUCGUCGUAAUAACUGACGGUCGCUCCAAUAAUCAUACUGCGACUGUCGUAGAGUCUAACAACCUCCGCCGUGACGGCGUAAGAAUGGUUGAUCUGGGUGUCGGCAAUGCGGUGAACAGUGAGCUCAUCGACAUAGCUGGAGUGUAUGCUAAUGCGGCGAAAGUAGCUGGAUAUGACCAUUUGCCGGAAGCUGAAUCGAAAAUUCUUAAACUGAUCUGUUAAGAUUAGACAUUCAGUGUAAAUAUAGAUUUACAUUAAAUAAAGAAAAGUUCUGAAAAACA